AUGGGCACUCGUGAUCGAAAAAACGUCAUCGAAGAGCUCGAUAUACCUUCUGAUUUACAACUAGAAUUGACAGAGUCAGGUAAUAAUAGUACCGCAUCCCUCCGAAGUCCGACUAAGACCAGCGCUACCAAUCUACCAGCUAUGUCUGAAGAUAUAGCAGAUAAUGCAUCCAUAGCCUCUUCGUCAGUAGAUUCAUUAAACAUGCUAUUAGAGCGACAAAGAGUAAGACAAUUGAAUCAUCCUCAACACCAACAGCAUAUAAGUAGUUCUUUAGCGAAAACUCCAACCACUCUGUCAUCGUUUUCUUCAAUUGGAAGCGCAACUAAGAAUAAAGUCAAAGAAACCAAUCGAAUAUCCUUAACAUAUGAUCCUGUAUCAAAAAGGAAAGUUUUAAACACUUAUGAAAUCAUCAAGGAAUUAGGUCAUGGGCAGCAUGGGAAAGUGAAGUUGGCACGAGAUAUAUUGAGUAAGCAAUUAGUGGCAAUUAAGAUUGUCGAUAGGCAUGAAAAGAAGCAAAGGAAAUUUUUCACGUUCAUCAAAUCAAGCAAAAUAUUUGAAAAUGAUAAAAUUAAACGUGAAAUUGCUAUCAUGAAAAAAUGCCAUCACAAACACGUAGUACAACUGAUAGAAGUACUAGAUGACUUAAAGUCAAGGAAGAUCUAUCUAGUUCUAGAGUACUGUGCAAGAGGUGAAGUUAAAUGGUGUCCGCCGGACUGUUUAGAAUCAGAUGCCAAGGGCCCAUCUUUACUAAGUUUUCAAGAAACGCGAGAUAUAUUGAGAGGCGUAGUGCUCGGUUUAGAAUAUCUACAUUAUCAAGGAAUCAUUCAUCGAGAUAUCAAACCUGCCAACCUAUUAAUAUCAGAAGAUGGUACUGUUAAGAUUUCAGAUUUUGGAGUUUCAUUAGCUGCGACGAGCACCAAUAGCUCAGAUAGUAGCGAAUCUUUGGAUGAGUUGGAAUUGGCAAAAACCGUGGGUACUCCUGCUUUUUUUGCGCCCGAAAUGUGUUUGGGUGAGGAUGCAUUUGCUAAGUAUAAUCUAACAAAGGAAAACCUAUUUCGUGGCUCUUGCAUUUCAUUCAUGAUAGACAUUUGGGCUGUGGGUGUCACUUUAUACUGUCUAAUUUUUGGAAUGUUACCAUUUUUCUCCGAUUUUGAAUUGAGACUUUUUGAAAAGAUUGUCAAUGACCCUUUAAAAUUUCCGUCUUAUAAAGAAAUGCAGUCCAACAAAGUAUCUAAAAUAUCUUGUAAGGAAGAAUACGAAAUGGCCAAAGACCUUUUAUUGAAACUGUUAGAAAAAAAUCCUCAAAAAAGAAUGACCAUACCAGAGAUUAAAAAGCAUCCUUUUGUUUCUUGGGAUUUUGAUCAUAUAUCGAAGGAAGACGACAAAUUACUUGCUUCCACUCUCGAACAAAAACUUCGGUUUCAAUGUAAUCAAACUGAUCAGUUUGAACCUAUCUCUAUUUCGAAGCAUGAACUGAAAAAUGCUGUUUCUGGUGUAGGGAAAAAGAUCAAAGAGUCUGUACUGAAGAGCAUCCCGCUAAAGGAUCCAGUGGAUCCGUCACAUAUGAACUAUAUUCAUCCUACAGAAACUUCAAGAAGCCGAAGUGACGCUAAUGUCAUUGUGAGUGAAGGCUCGGUUUUGUCAAAUAUCAAAGACUUAAGUGCCAAUAACGCAGAUAGUGAUGCUGUUGAUAGUAGUAACGGCGAAGAUCGUUUCCGUGACAAUACAAAUGACGGCCAUUUAACUAAAAAAGAGCUAGAACAAGAAUUAAGCAAAUUUGAUGAUAAACACGAGCCCAGCAAUAUGGUGAAUUUACCAAUCAACUCAUCAUUUGCAUCAUUAGAUAGCUUCUACAUUGACAAUUUUGCAAUGGCAAAAAUGGGUAUGAGCUCUCCCGAAGCAGGGGAUCCUACUCUGUCUACACCGAAUCUUCCUUCUGCACCUUCGUCGACAAGACUAGGACGAUCUCCAAUAUUUGGUGGACUGCCUAAUCAACCAAGCCCUAUUCGUCCUGUUUUGCCGCAACAAAAAUCAUCAUUUUAUGCAUCAGGCCGAUAUGAUAAUAACCACAAUAAUCUUGUUAGGAAUUCCUCAUCUCAUUUGAUGUCACUCCAUUCCGGUAGACCAUCUUCAAGAAGUAGCCGAAUGAACUCGCGCAACCAAAACUUAACGAAGACACCUGAUAGCUUUUCCAAGAGCUUGAACGUGCAAGUGAGUGAACGAAAAGUCCCCAAGGAUUUGGAAAUGCCGACACCUAAAAGAAACCCUAAUACUAGCUACUCGAAGAGACCGUCUUCGGGAAAUGGCAGUAACAUACCAUCCGCCAAAACUGAUACUCUGGAUAAAAAUUCUAACGUUGAAGGUAAACCCCCUUCUAGAAAUUCUCCUAUAAAAUCGUUAUAUCAAAGAAUGAAGCAAUCUAAGGACAAAUCGCAAACGUUUGAAGUACGUCGAGGUAAUUUCUUCAGUCACUUUAAUGGUGAUGAUGAUGAUAGCAGUAGUCAGUCCUCAGUAACCAGUUCUGGUUCCGCAUCUGAUUCAGAAUUAUCAUCCUCCUCAUCAUCGGGUACAUCUCAGAUUCCAUCCAGGAACAGUUCUAGUAAUUUUAAUAGUGGCUAUUCAGAAACAGAAUCUUUACCUUUUGAGUUUGGUGUUGAUUCAGAAGAUGGAAGUGGUGUACUGUUAAGAGAUCUACCUACCGGAGACCAAAUAAGGCCAUUCCUGGAUAUGCAACCAUAUGGCCACGUGAAAGUUAGGAAUACACUCAAUUCCAAACCACCUUCUAUUUCGUCUUCUUCAUCUUCAUCAGAGGGUGAAGAGGAGUUAAUGCUAAACGCCGGGAAUGCGGGGCAUAGGAGGAGACACAACUCUUCAAAAGUUGAUGAGCCAUCAAACAACCCACAAAAUGUACCAAAUAAAGCAAUCUAUUCCAAUGGAAGCGUUCAUGAUAGCGAGACGACGAUAACUCCACAUAACAUAGACGGACUGAAGAUACAUCAAAGUCCGUGCCUUGAUCAACCCAUUGGGAAUCUCAAAACUCUAGUAUUACCAAAACACUUGGAUCAAAAAAAGGCAACUACAGAAACUUCAAAUUUAACCGAUAUUGUUGAAUUCAAUGCUAAUAGUAGUUGCCAAAAGGAUGAACACCUUGGAAAAAUCCUUUAUUCAAGGGACUUGUUAAAGGACGCCCUAGAUUCUACUAAUGUAGGUAGAAGAAGGUCUAUACCCUCAAAUAAACUAAGAGGAAGGAGGGAAGCCAAUACCAUUACUACUACUGAUAAUGGUGGUGAUGAUAAAGACGUGAGGAAGAAUGGUUAUAGGAAUAACGAACAACUAGGAGGCUUUGGCGGUAAUCACAAAAAUCAUGAACGAUCGCGAUCUUUGACAGUUGCAGAACUAAAUGAGUUAAAGAGAAGAGGUGUUCAGUUAUAA